AUGAGUGUAAAUACGAAUCUCAUCCUUCAUGGAGGAGCAGUAGCAGAUUUGGUUGGCAUGAUCCAAAGUUUAUUCAUCAUCAGCCCUUCAAAUGAAAUAUGCCUUGAGAAACACUGGUCCAAAGUAACCCCAAAAGCUGUGUGUGACCAGUUCUUCGAAUCGGUUUCUCAAUCGACCUCCGUAGACGAAAUACCCAUCGUAAUCGAGUCGAACAAGGAAUGUUUGAUCCACGUUUCCAAGGGCAGGCUGUUUUUUGUGGCCGUUUGCGUUGAUGAAGGUACCAACCAUUGUCUUCUGUUGCUCAUGUUUGUCAAUGUAGUUCCUCCACUGUUGGUUAUUGAGCUGUUGCUCAGCUUGGUCAACGUAAUUGUGGAUUAUUUCGGCACGGUCAACGAAUCGGUGAUCAAGGACAACCUAGUGUGUAUUUACGAAAUUCUGGAUGAAAUGAUUGACGGUGGCUUCCCUUUGGCAACUGAACCCAACGUUCUCAAAGACAUUGUUCGGCCAGCCAAUAUUUUGAAGACCAUCACCGAUGUAGUGACGGGUACCAAUUCCGCGGUCAGUUCCACCCUUCCUUCAUGUCAGCUUUCCAAUGUACGUUGGAGAAGGAGUCAUGUGAAAUACACAAAUAACGAGGUAUAUUUUGACCUAAUCGAACAGGUCAAUGCGAUUGUGGACAGCUCAGGAAACACAGUUUUCAAGGAGGUGGAUGGAUCGAUCGAAUGUUUCUCGAAAUUAUCCGGCGCCCCUGAUCUUACCUUGGCAUUCUCAAACAAUCGUCUGAUCGAUGAUGCCAGUCUCCAUCCGUGCAUCCGUUUGCUGCGAUGGGAGAGAGAGCGCGUGUUGUCGUUCAUCCCGCCAGAUGGGCGUUUUUGUUUGUUUAGGUACCACGUAAAUUGCCUAAGCCCUCUCACCCUUCCAGUUAUAGUACGUCACAGUAUAUCACUUCGCGAGCAAGGCAGUCGGCUGGACUUGGUUGUGAUUCCGAAGACACUUGGGCGCACCAUGGAAUCCGUCCGGUUGACAAUGCACAUGCCCUCCACUGUGGUGAACGUGAAUGCCACACCCAGUACAGGCCGUGUGAUGUUUGACACAACAACCAGGUUGUUUGAGUGGAACAUCGGUCGCAUCGAUUCGAAACAUUCCAACCCCACCUUGAAAGGCAGUGUAACACUUAGUCCUGGGGUCAGUGCUGCGCCAGGUAACCCUUCCAUCAUGGUGCAUUUCUCCGUCCCUCAGUAUGCAGUUUCAGGUCUGAAGAUCGCUCGGGUCGAUAUCUACGCUGAGAAAUACAAACCCUUUAAAGGUGUCAAAUACCUCACCUCGUCGGGAAAAUUCGAAGUGCGAACAUGACUCCCUUUUCCCGGAUGAUUUUCCUUUUUUACUUAUGUUCUCUCCCUAUGUACUUUUGUUGUCUUGUGUUUUUGAUCUUCACUCGUUUAUACCGUUGUCUUCAUAUUCAACCUAUGUUGUGUCUGUGAUACGGACUUACGAAGAGAAAAGACGCCAAACUGGCGCCGUCAUAGUUCGC